GGGAGGUCCAUGGCCCCUGUCUCGACGACAUCAAAGGGACCGAUGAUCUUUUAUCCUAAUUUGAACAUAAUUCUGUGACAAGUUCUCUUUCAAAGCAACGAUAAUAGCCUCUAGUUGGUCGGGAAUCAUGCAUGCUGAAGUUUUGGACCACGAUUGAAUAUUGGCAGAAGACCCAUGGCGUUACAAAGUGAGCACCACAGGCCGCGCCGACGUGCCCGUCAUGAGAAGUCCAUUAAUGGAUGCUCAACUUGCAAGAUCCGCAGAAUUAAAUGCGACGAAACAACACCACGAUGUCGGCGGUGCACCGAAUCUGGCCGCGAAUGCUCCGGGCCGUUGACACGCCAGUUUCGCUUCGUUGAAGAUCAAGUCGUUGACCGGACGUCAUCGCCAGUUUCUCAACUGCAGGUAUCUCUGAUCUCACCACGACGCAGCGAGCAUGAACGUCGUGCAUUUCAGUUCUUUGAGCAGGACGCCGCGCUCCACAUGAUCGGAACCAUCGACCAGAAUUUUGUGGGUUCGCUGCUCCCACGUCUCGCCCACACCUACGACUUCAUAUGGGACACGAUUGUGUCCUCGAGCUACCUGAUAAAGUACGUUCCCUACUUGGCGCUCACCACCUUCGAUUCGUCGGGUCUCAUGAAGGUUAUCAACCGAGAACAUCGGCAAGCCCUCAAUUACUAUCACAGGGCGAUCGUGAAUGUCCGCAAAAUGGCCCAAAUUGGUCCCAUAGACGACUGUGUCGUCGUGUUGAGUUAUAUACAAUUUGCUGGGGUCGAGUUUCGGCAACGGAACGUCAAGGUCGGCCAUUCCCUGUUCAAGAAGGCAUGUGGCAUCUUGACCCGGAGCCUCACGUCACAGAACCUGCGCCGUUUGUCGCUCGCAGAUAGAACGAUUUAUCAAGUGGUCACGCCGUUUCUCUUUAGAAAGGCCAUUGUCAUCGCCACGUUGGGAGAUGUCCCGACGCCCGAAGUGGCGGCCAACGACGAAAUAAGCCAAACCUUAUCAACCAAAAGUCCAGAACUACAACGAGCUAGGGUCCAGCUGUACAGUCUGGUGGUCGACUCCUACGAGCUUGUCAGAAUAGCAGACUUUAUACCGAACCUUGAUGACAGCAGUUCGGACAAGAUCUACUACAUGUCAUUCCGGCAGUCAACAUUGGACGGAAUGCGCGAAUGGAAAGCGAACAUGGCCACUUCUGGAAGUCCGGCACCUGGUACGGACCUCGACUGGAUGAUAUAUUCGUACCUCUUGAUGUACUGUACCGUCUGCUACAUAUCAGUUGCAACCAGCCUCAGCGCCAGCCAAAUCGUCUACGACGAUUACAUGGAUGGCUUUGCCGAAAUCAUCCGACAUGCCAAAAUCUUUUUAAGAUACGGCGUCGAGUCCUCCUCGGGUGCUCGACUCCUGUCCAAAUUCGACCCGGGAGUUCUCCCGUUGUUGUACUUUUGUGCGACCAAGUGCCGAGAUCCGACUCUGCGACGGGAGGCGUUCCAACUCAUGCGCCAGGCCCUAAGACAGGAGCAGAGCCAGAACCAUUGGGCCUUUAUCGAGCCGGAGCGCGUGGUUGCGAAACUAAUUGCGCUCGAAGAAAGCGGCGUAAGUCGCGUCCUCGAGGCUUCUUCGUCUCCACAGACCUCUUUUACCCAGACAUCUCAAGUCCAAAAGGGUGUCCUACCACCGGAUGAGCGACGGUAUGCACAUGCCAGCGCAGUGCUUCGUGAGACGCCAGGCGGGAGAUCGCGCCUAGCUCUCGAUUUGGUCAGGUUUGAAAUUACGGACGGCGGGCAGAGGCAGUCAAUCACCGAGUAUGUCUGGCUGGAUGACCACGAUGAAUGAAUUCGUUGUAGAUAUGCCUGUAUAGCUUGUGUCAAGUUGCCAGUGGAACAGAACUGAACAUACACUUCAUCACAACCCCCACACCAAUGUGAAGCGGUAUCUUUGACCAAAGCGGCACAGGAGAAGAUUUAAUU